GCGCUCCUCGUGUCCAUAUUGCGCUAGCGAUCUCGGGCUCUGCGAUCUACCUGUCAUCCCCGUGUUUCUCCCUCGAUCGCGGAUCCAGCUGGUGGAUCCGCGAUCGAGGAGGAGCCGAUCGCCCGCGUCCGCUCGCCGUAUCGUCAUAUGGCGUUGUUUCGCGCGACGAUCGAACAAUGCGUCCCCUCGCUAGGUCACACGCGCGCUUCGUCAUCUUCACUCCAUUCUGCUCUUUUUCCCGAAUUCUCUUGAUUUAUCCGGAUCAAUUCUCUACCCGAGCAUCCUCGCAUUUUAUAACCAUUCGCCGCGAGAUUACCGCAAUCUCUCUCUUCCGAUAGGAGAUAACAUUUUGCACAUUGCCUCUGAAAUAUCAAAAGAGAGCAUGCCUAGGAAUUGCACAGCUAUAGAGGGUAUUCGUAGAGGAUCUGUAUUCAAUAUUAUAUCAUCAUCAUGACAUCAAGAUUGGAUAGAUUAUUUAUACUGCUGGAGACUGGAACAAAUGCAGUAACUAAACGAGCAGCUGCGCAACAAUUGGGAGAAGCGCAGAGAUUACAUCCUCAUGAUCUGCAUCAUUUAUUAGCAAGAGUUUCUACUUUAUUAAAAUCUCCGCAAUGGGAUACUCGGGUAUCGGCGGCUCAUGCUGUACAGGCUAUACUUGCUCAAGUUCCACCCUGGGAUCCAGAAUCCAUUAAAAAAGAAACCUCUUCAGAAAAAUUGGAAGGAAAACGGAAGACUUCCGCUAGAUUAAAUUUAAAGUCCUUCGACAUGGGCAGAGUUCUAGCAGGUAGUUCACAUCUUACUGGAUCGGAGGGCAGCGAAUAUGAUUUAACUAUAUCGGAGGGAGAACAAUUGUCACUUCCUAAUCAGCAGGAAAAAUUAGCUGCAAAGCUGGGUUUUCAUCCACGUCUGAUGGGUGUCGAUACUGCUGAUUUAUUUACUGUUGAAGAUCUUACUCCAUUAGUGCAGAUGACACAAGUCAAUACAAUACCUGUUGAUGAAACUUUGAAACAAUCAGCAGGAUUGAGCAGAAGAGAAAUGAACAGAGCAAAACGAAAAGCGCGUCAGUCAGUGUCAAAACAACGGUCACGUGAACCAGAUGAUCAUCGUGCUAAUGAUGACCAUUCGAAUUCAACAAAUGUUCAAUCGCCAGUGAAUAAUACUGAACCUCCAGUUAAGAAAUUAAUGUUAGAGGAAGUGAUCUCAUCAGAUGCUGGAUCGAAAUGCAGCGUACCCAACGAGCUCGUAAGUGGAGUGCCGGAUGGAACUGGAUGUUGGCCAGACUCUGUUAUAGAUUGGCCUUUGCAACCAUUUGCAGAAAGUCUGUGCCAAGAUCUAUUUAGUCAAAAAUGGGAAGUACGUCAUGGGGCAGCAACAGCAUUACGGGAACUUAUAAGACUCCAUGGAAAGGGAGCGGGCAAAUCGAGAGCUCAAACCAUUGAAGAAAUGCAAGAGAGCCAUUACGAGUGGAUAAUUGACGCCGCUUUACGAUUAUUAUGCGUGUUAGGACUCGAUCGAUUUGGAGAUUUUGUUUCUGAUCAAGUUGUCGCACCAGUGCGAGAAACGUGCGCACAAGCAUUGGGAUCACUCUUCUUAUUAAUGCCAGGCCAGCAAGCUAAAGAUACGAAUGGUAUUUUUCACCAAAUACUCAUCAUAGUGCUGAAACUUUUGAGCCACGACGAAUGGGAAGCCAGACACGGUGCGCUUCUUGCACUUAAAUAUUUACUGGCCGUGCGAGAUGAUUUGUUAGACGAGAUGUUGCCGAAGGUGUUUCCCGCUAUUAUACAAGGACUUUCUGAUCCCGUGGAUGAUGUGGGUGCGGCUGCCGCAAGCGCGCUCAUACCAGUGGCAUAUAUCCUGCCGCGAUUGUUGAAACCAGAGGCACUGGAAGCGAUCGUCACACGUCUUUGGCAAUUGUUAAAGGAACAAGAUGAUCUGGCCGCAGCUUGUAACAGUUUUAUGGGUCUCUUGGCAGCGAUACUCUCGCUACCGGCGGCACACGCUUGCUUGACACCUCAACCGUUAUCACAGGUAUUACCACGUUUAUGGCCAUUUCUCAGCCACUCAAGUUCGAGUGUGCGUAAAGCCACGCUGCAAACGCUGCAGACUCUCACUGCGGACGACGGCGACCGCAGCGAGGAUAAAAAAGCACGAUGGGGCGAAGGCGGCGGAAUUGUCUUGCAGGAAGCAUUGCGACAUGUGUUUCAGUGUGUGCUGAUUGAACACAUUACUGCGAUACAAGACGUGGCCGAGCGUGUCUGGGAAAAUCUAGUCGUAAAGAGUGAUCUCGAAUUAUUGCUACACGCGGCGUGCCCGCAUAUCAGCACAUGGCUCUGCCUAGCUAUGCAACCAGAACACGUGCCAUUCAAUCCAAAUCUAUUAAUGAUCGUCACUAGUAACAUCUCUAAGGGCGCAAAGAAUAAUCAAACGGUCACCAAUUGCGACGGACAAUCGGAUACCGGCAGUAAUGGUGGAAACGUAAACGCCACUGCGAAAACUUUAUCCGAAUUAAAAAUGUAUAUCGGCGGUAUUGAAACAGUAGCGCUCAAUGUACGAAAGGCGAAUGUGGUACAGGCUCGUUGUAGAGCAUCUCGUAUGUUAGGACUAUUAUCCCACUAUGUCGUACAGCCCGCGCCGGGUGUAAUUUAUCCACCAGAUGUGCCCAGCCCAGCGGUAUGUUAUGCCAAGGUAUUACUGGCGCAUCUCAAUUCACGAUCGGCUUUACAACGCACGGUCGUAGGACUCACAAUGUCUCAUUGGGCGACUGUAGCUCCUAUGGGACCACCUGUGGUACCAGACAUACUAAGCGAGAGGCUAUUGGCUUGUUUAAACGAGUGUAUGUACUACGACGAAAUUGCGCCUUCCUUUACUCGACUGUUGCACGAAAGUCGCGAUUAUAUCGCGACUUUAAAGUAUUAUAAUCUACCUGUGCCGGUUGAUGUAGAUUCGUCCGGCGUGAUGACUCUGGAUCAAAUCACAGCACUAGCUGGAAAAAUCUCUAUUCCUACCUUAUGCAGCACGAUACCUACUUGUACGAUACCUAAGGUGAAGCCUAAGUUAAUAGAGAGUUUAGAAGAGAGGAGACGAGCGUUAGAUGCCGGAGCUGCUACAACGGCGGCGCAACAACAGUCGUUACAUGUUAUGUCGAUGGCCGCGCUCGCUGGUGCCGCUACAAUGUUACAUUGCCUCCCACAGACUCCGCAACCGCUCAAUCCAUUGGUAAAACCGCUGAUGGAAGCUAUAAAACGAGAGGAGAAUGAAGAAUUGCAAAAAUUAGCUGCACAAUAUUUGUCUCAUCUAGUCGAUCUUUGUGUCGAUAGAAAACCCUCUCCGAAUGCAAAGAUUUCUACCAAUCUAUGUACAUUCCUAUGUUCUGACGUCGAAUUCACACCGCGAAUAUAUUGCGCCGGCGAUAAUGAUAUUUUUGAUGGAAUACUCACUUUGAAUAAUAGGCACAAACACGCCGAGAGAAUAGCGUAUAAUCGUGGUGCAGGUAGUGGACUCAGCGGUAGUCGAGGCCCAGGUAGGCCACCAACGACAGAGAUUCCUCUAGAGGAAUUAUUCGCUUGCGAAGAACCAGAAGCCAAAGCUGCUAGAACGAGACGCCGUGGAGCUACGCUAGCAUUAACUGCUAUAGCUACUCUCUUUGGUGCUCGAUUACCCGACCGCUUGCCUCAGUUAUGGGAUCUGAUUUUACCGGAUAUACUGAAAAAUACGAAUAUGCAAGAUAAUGUACAAGAAGAAGAAGGCAAUCAAUUGAUUUUUGGUUUACAAGUGUUGGAGAUCAUGGCACCGAGUUUGGAUAAAUCUCUCUUACCACCCGCAUUAGAGUGUCUGCCGCGUUUGUGUAAUUUAUUAGCGCAUCCCUUCAAAGCUGUUAGGCAUAUGGCUUCACGGUGUAUAGCUACAUUAGCUACUCUAGAUACGGAGAAGACAAUGGUACACAUAAUACGAAGUGUGAUACCACUUCUAGAGACAACUGGCGGUGAAAAGAAAUCCUCACGUAUAAUAACACCAAAUAAAGUCGAUUCCAUACGCCAGGGAGCUGCGGAAGCUCUAACCUGUAUUGUAGAGAGCUUAGGCGUACAAGUGAUACCGUACGCUGUACUAUUUAUGGUACCUUUACUCGGACGUAUGAGUGAUCAAAAUCAAGCUGUAAGAUUGGUUUGUAGCGCAACAUUUGCUACGCUUGUGCAACUGUUACCGCUGGAUCCCGGCGCAAUUGCAGAUCCGCCAGAUUUGGUGCAAGAGAAAGCUCAGGAGCGAAAAUUUUUGGAUCAGCUUCUGAAUCCCCGUAAUAUUCCUAACACGGAACUACCGAUUCCUGUGGCUGCAGAGCUACGCUCUUAUCAACAUCAGGGUUUGAAUUGGCUCAAUUUCCUGAAUCGUUACCAUCUUCACGGAGUCCUGUGUGACGAUAUGGGUCUCGGGAAAACCUUACAGACUCUUUGCAUACUGGCGCUGGACCAUCAUCGCAACCCGCAGGCGCCGACCAGUUUGGUGGUGUGUCCACCGACUCUUACAGGUCACUGGGUAUAUGAGGCUGAGAAAUUUUUCAAAGCGCAAGAUCUAUCAGUUAUUCAGUACGCUGGGACACCACAAGAACGUGAAAAGUUGCGUCCCCGAGUGUCGCAUCACAGACUCGUUGUCGCGAGUUACGAUAUUGUACGGAAAGACAUUGAAUUCUUUGAGACGCAUCAAUGGAAUUACUGCGUGCUUGAUGAGGGUCAUGUGAUAAAAAAUGGCAAGACGAAGAGUGCCAAAGCUGCGAAACGACUGCACGCCCAUCACAGGCUCAUAUUAUCCGGUACACCAGUGCAGAAUGAUGUGCUCGAGUUGUGGUCUCUAUUUGACUUUCUGAUGCCUGGCUUUCUCGGUAGCGAGAAACAAUUUGCCGCUAAAUAUUCCCGUCCCAUCUUGGCCUGUAGAGAACCAAAGGCAGGACCAAAGGAACAAGAGGCUGGUGCUUUAGCUAUGGAGGCUCUUCAUCGACAGGUACUACCCUUCUUGUUGAGACGAAACAAGGAAGACGUGCUACAAGAUUUACCCCCCAAAAUCACACAGGAUUAUUAUUGCGAUUUAUCGCCUUUGCAACGUAUACUUUAUGAGGAUUUCCGAACUCGUCAUUCGGCUCUUACUUCCUCUAGUUCCUCAUCUUCGAGCGAUCCCCAAAGCGGCCACGUAUUCGAGGCGCUACGAUACUUACGUAAUGUUUGUAAUCAUCCUAAGCUGGUGUUAAGUCAACGGCAUCCACUUUAUCAAGCGGUAUGCGAUAUGUUGAAACAGCAACAAAGCAAUUUAGCGGAAAUCGAACACGGUGCCAAGUUACCCGCAUUAAAGCAAUUAUUAUUAGAUUGCGGUAUCGGACAGCAACAACAACAAGCUCGCUUGAAUUCCUCAGUCACUGCGAAUCUUGCUGCGGAAAGCGCCCAAGAACAGCAGUUAGUUAGUCAGCAUCGCGCUCUGAUUUUCUGUCAAUUGAAGGCAAUGCUGGACAUUGUGGAGAAGGAUUUAUUACGUACUCAUUUGCCGACGGUGACUUAUCUCCGUCUCGACGGUAGUGUACCGGCAGCGCAAAGACACUCAGUCGUGGCACGUUUCAACGCCGAUCCAUCAAUAGAUGUUCUCUUGCUGACCACCCAGGUCGGCGGUCUUGGAUUAAAUUUAACGGGAGCGGACACCGUCAUUUUCGUGGAACAUGAUUGGAAUCCUAUGAAAGAUCUGCAAGCGAUGGAUCGCGCGCAUCGUAUAGGUCAAAAAAAGGUGGUCAAUGUGUAUCGCUUGAUCACCAGAUCGACAGUAGAGGAGAAAAUUAUGGGAUUACAGAAGUUCAAGCUUCUCACCGCGAAUACGAUAAUAUCAACAGAGAAUGCUUCUUUAGAAACUAUGGCUACCGAUCAGUUGUUAGAUUUAUUCUCGUUGGAUAACGGUAAAGAGAAGAAAACGGAUCAUCACGAGGACGCCGCUUUGUCGAAACUUCCCGGUCUGUCAGGGAUUAGCCGUUCCGUGUUAGAUAUCUUACCUGAACUCUGGGAGCAGCAACAGUACGAUGAUGAAUACGAUCUCGAUUCAUUUUUAUCCACUCUGAAGGCUGAUAGCCAGUAAGCUUGUACCUCGAUAAAUUAUUAAACUAGAUUAGAACUCGGUAAGUUCUCAUCGAAUACUUCCAUUUGGAAAUUGCCACACAAUAUUGACACAUAAACAUAUACAUAUUAUAGAGAUCCGACAACAAACUCUCGUUUAUGCACAAUUCGGAAGUUAUAGCGUAUCCCAGUGGUCAAAAGCGAUCACUUAAGUAAUUUAUAUAUUUAAAAAAUAACUUACGCGUUUGACGAAUUAAUCUAUUAAACUUUUAAUCUAAUUGUAUUGCAUUCUUGUUAAAUGUUAAAAAUUAAGAAAAAUUACAUACGUCGUACCUAAACUCAAAUAGCUGGUAUGAUAGUAAGUAGAGAUAGAUUAAGAUAUCUUGUAAAACGUGUGUGUUUUAGUUAUAAUAAUUUAUAAAAAUGCCGAUACAAUUAUUACAAUUCCGCAUUUGUACCAAACAACGCCACGGUGCAUAAUUAUUUAUAAUGUAUACUAGUCUCUCUUCUCGCUCUCUCUCCCUCUCUUUCUUUCUUUCUCUCUCUUUCUCUAUAACUAUUAUGGCGAGUUAGUAAACUACAAUACCAGCCUCAAAAUAUUCGCUAUCUACGUGCAUUUGCAUAUUUUCAUUGAUUGGAAAUAUUGAAUUUUUUAUCCAAAUUUCUCUCUAAUAUUUGUAGCGGCCUUCCAUCAACAAGAUUCCCAUCAUUCAUUGAAAGAUAUCGCGCGCAAAAUAAUCCUAAUAACAAGUUGAUAAAAUACCGUAACUUUCUAUCAAAAAUAUACGAAAUAUCAACUUGC